AUGUGGACCAGCGCCAUUGCAGUGCUUCUUCUAGCAUCGGGCUCUUCUGCUGCUUUCCUUGACCUGCUUGUACGAGCGACCAAACUUUGUCCUGCGGUGGUUGAUAGCAUUACCGCGACGUCGACCUUGAGUGUUAUCGUUCCACCCAUCACUGUCACUGUGACUCCAAGCCUUCCUUUGGCCACGCCGUCUGCUUUGACGGCUACUGGAUGCCUGAGUGACGCCCAAGCGACAAACAUAGUCAGUGCAUGGAAGACUAUCCUUACCUCACCAGAUCGAACGAGUGAGGGCGCCACAGCUCAAACAUUGAUUGCGGACGAGUACCUGGAAAACAGUGACUCGAUCAACUCCCUAGCCGGAAAUUCGUUGGGAAACGCCACCUUUUCUGGCAAGGACAACUUCGUCGCCGCCGUUCUAAACAACGCAGCCAUUCCGCUCUUGACCACCCUGGACGUCUUCCACGACUGCAGUCGAAUUGCCUUUUACUGGGCAGCCAGUGGAGUCGGGUCGGGAGUCGAGGACGUUAGGGGCGUCGAUCUAUUGUACGUUACAGAUGACAAGGAGCAGAUCAGUAUGGCCAUGGUUGAGUUCAAUAGUCUGGCAUGGGCGAAAGCCGUGGGUUGGCAGAUUGUGAGGGCGAACGGGACAAAAUAUUAA